AUGUCUGACCAGACAUUCGUCCUCCCCUGUUCUCCCUCCAUCCUGCGUCCAGAUCGCUUCGACUUCGUUUCUUCCGAGGAACUUGAAGUUCCAUUUUGGCGGAUUUUGUCAUGCAUCUUGGCCGAGUCAUUAAUCUCUGUGACUGACGGCUCGUCUCUCAUCGAUACCCUGGAAAUGAUAUCGGUUGUUCUACACGGAGAGGCUGCCAGGAACUACGUAUUCCUACAGGAAUUUCUCGACAAUUAUCUGACAACGUCCACUCCUGGAUCAAGCAAGUUCUUUACAUCAACGUGGCCAUGUCUAGUCGGUCUUGCCUUGGAACUACCAUCUUUAUUCCCGAGCCACUCCAUCCCCCCGCUGAAAAGCGACGAGACUAGCCAGAUUAUUUUAAGCAGAAGGCAGGCUGCCUGUUUGGUCGUACACCAGUUCUUGUGCUCCCUACCGGCCCAUCCAUGGCUGACGGAGUCCUUCGUUAAUCUGUCACCGUGGUACUCGGGUGGAGAGGCAAUGCACCGGGGUGCUGUGCAAGCGUAUCUAGCCGCCCUCUUCACAUAUUUCGAAGCCAUAGCGGCCUCCGAACCAGAGGGUGGAAUUCUGCACCACUCAGUGGAAGACUGGCCCAUUAUUUUGGCGUUGGUAGUAAUGCCUGGCGACCAAUCACACUCUCUUCUUUCCAAUGCACCAGCUUCAUUGAGCCGUUUGGCAGUUGUCCAACUCCCACACCAAUCAACAGACAUCGCAUCCCUCGGUCUUCCAGAUGGCGCUUGCGUGAUAUCUGCUAACAAGAGCGUGGGAUUCGGUGCGACAGGUACUCAAGAAGAGCUUCAUGUGGGUAUUUCCCCCGAGGCGUACCCAGUGACACUGCUAGCGCCCCCUCUGAAGGACCGCCAGGUCCUCACCUGCCAGGGUGCUGAAGCAAUGGUUACUACUAAAGGGCACGGGAGAUGGGCCUCCUUGGACGAAAUAUUGCAUGGCAGACCAAUACCCCCGUCUGUUGACUGGCGCAACCGGGUCAUGCUAUUCAUGGACGCCCUGGAAUUGGACCUUGUAGACAGCGUUCAUCCACACGGUGGAGAGAGCAUUCCGGACCUGAUGCCAGGCUGUCUUCAUCGGGAAUUGGUGAAGGCCUACACCGCGUUCUGCUCGCAUUGUAGCAGGAAUAUCCGGAAGCCCUACUCCUUUGUCACUACUGGACUUUGGGGCUGCGGCGCUUUUGGGGGAAAUAGACAGAUUAAAGCGAUAAUCCAAUGGUACGCUGCAUCCAUGGCAAAUGUACCUGAGCUUCGAUAUGUCCUAGCUGGCCCAGAGCAGAAAGGAUUUGGAGAUGAGCUCAAGAGGUUCGUCGGCCUGGUGGCAGAACACACUAGGAGAGAAUUGGAGCCACAGAAGCUCUUUGACGUGCUUGUCCGUCUGGGGACAGAGAUCCAGACUGGGAAGUCCGCUGUUCCCAAGCCAGACGGGAUUUUCGAAUAUGUUUUAAAAAGCCUGUAA